AAGAAUAUAGGGAUGAAAUCCAAGUGGAUGGAGCCUUGAUGAUAAGAGGAAACAAAUGAUGCAACGCCGUACAGACCGCUUCAUGUCGUGACUACACGACGAUGGGUAACAUCAGCAGGGAGUUCGGCCUGAUCCUCACCUUCCGCGUCCGCCAAACCCACAUCCCGCCUCCCACCACCGCCGUUGCCGUCCACCGCUCACGGUACUCUGCUGACCCCCAAUCUCCACUCUCUUCUGACCUUCCUUUUCUGUUGCAUUGUUUCGUAUUAUGGAAAGAGCGAGCGAGGUGAGAUGGGGCGGUUGAAAUAGUAUGCUCGUGAACUCCGUCUUGCCUUCAAUGCUGCAAUGGUAGUUUACUGUCAUCAAAUAUGUUCUGUUGAAAUUUAUUUUAGCUUUCGUCCUAGUCUGUACCCUGUAUGCUGAAAUAUGUGAUCCUCUUGCUGUGAUGGUAGUGCAUUUAUCAUGUUUGAAAGAACUCCAUUUUCUGACCUGCUGUAAUGGAUGUUUUCUUGGGGUACUGAAGUGCACAUUGUCUCAUGGCCAUUGCUGCCUCGGUGUACCCAUUUGAUUAAUCUGAAACCUACAUCCUAAAUAGCACCCACUUUGUUUGUUUCUAUACCAUGUAAGGCUUGCUGAUCUUGAUCAUCAGGCUAUUGCUAGCUGUUUCUACGUUUGUUUGAUGUGUCAACCGGCAACACCUUAAAAUUCUAUAUUUAAUCCUAAGAAGAACGCAGGAGUGUGUAACCGGUUAAAAUGAUUAUCUAUUUUCUUGCCUACAAGUGGAGGCUUUCUUAUUGAAGUGCAAAUUGUCUCAUAUGUCCUUCAGUCCCUUGGUUUUAAUUUAAAACCUGCAUUGUUAAAAUUUGUGUAAGCUUUUGUCCUAGUAUGUAUGAUUCGACAACUAUGAUCCUCUUGCUGUAAUCGUAGUGCUCUUGUCUCACAUGGCUGUUGCUGUCUCGGUGUAGCCAUUUGAUUAAUCUGAGACAUGCAUUGUUGAUAACACCCACUUGGUUUGUUUGAGCACUGUGUAUGGCUGGAUGAUCUCGGUCAUCACGGCUAUUGUUAACUGUUUCUAGUUUCUAUGUUUGUUUGAUGUGUCAACAUAUUAUAAUUCUACGUUUAAUCCUAACAUCUUAGGAUUGUGUACCUAAUUAAAAUAAUUAUAUUUUUCCUGCCUACAAGUGGAUGCUUUGGAAUUGAAGUGCAAAUUGUCUCAUAUGGGUGUCAGUGCGUCGCUUUAGCCAUCUCACCAUCUGACUAAUUUAAAACCUGCAUCAUUAAAAUUUAUGUUAACUUUGUUCUAGUAUGUAUGACUUGACAUCUAUGCUCCUUUUGCUGUGAUGGUAAUUCUCUUGUCUCACAUACCUAUCGUUGCCUCACACUUGGUUUGUUUGUGUACCGUUUAUGUCUGAAUGAUCUCGAUCAUCAUGGCUAUUCGAAUUGUUUCUAGUUUCUACGUUUGUUUUAUGUGUCAACAGAAUUAAAUUCUACGUUUAAUCCCAGGAAGAACGGAGGAGCGUGUAACUUAUUAAAAUAAAUUAUAUAUUCAAGUGGACGAUUUGUAAUUGAAGUGCGCAUUGUCUUUGGUGCCUCGGUUUUGCCAUCUGAUUCAUUUGAAAUAUACAUCAUAUCGUUAAUAACACCAAUUGGUUUGUCUGCACACCAUUCUCUUCUCCAUCCUGCACUAUACUAGCUUGUGUUUUCUUGUGUUCUGCAUGUGUUGAGGGGGCUGUGAGCGUUACAAUGGCGGAGUUGGUGGCUACCAUGGCGAUCCGGCCACUGGUGUGCAUGCUGAUGAACAAGGCGUCCAGCUCCCUCCUGGACCAGUACAAGGUGAUGGAGGGAAUGGAGAAGCAGCACAGAAUUCUCAAACGCAAGCUUCCAGCCAUCCUUGAUGUCAUCACCGACGCCGAGGAGCAGGCAACGGCACACAGAGAAGGUGCGAAAGCCUGGCUCCAGGAGCUCAAGAUAGUGGCAUAUAAAGCAAAUGAAGUCUUUGACGAAUUCAAAUACGAAGCACUCCGACGUGAAGCCAAGAAGAAUGGGCACUGCACCAAGCUCGGCUUCAAUGUAAUCAAACUCUACCCUACUCACAACCGUGUUGUGUUCCGUUACAAAAUGGGUCGCAAGCUUUGCCAGAUUCUACAGGCCAUCGAGGUACUCAUAGUAGAGAUGCAGGUCUUUGGGUUCAAGUACCAACCACAACCACCAGUCUCCAAGCAGUGGAGGCAAACAGAUUAUGUUAUCAUCGACCCAAGAGAAAUUGUUGGCAGAUCUAGAGGCAAAGAUAAGAAGAAUAUUGUUGAUACACUAUUUGGUCAAUCUACCAAUGUAGAUCUCACCAUUGUACCCAUUGUUGGAAUGGGUGGCCUUGGCAAAACCACGUUAGCACAGCUCAUAUACAAUGAACCUGAAAUUCAGAAGCAUUUCCAGUUGCUACUUUGGGUCUGUGUCUCUGAUACUUUUGAUGUGAACUCCCUGGCUAAGAGUAUAGUUGAAGCAUCUCCCAACAAAAAUAAUGAUACAGACAAACCACCACUCGAGAGACUUAAAAAAUUGGUUAGUGGACAGAGGUUUCUCCUUGUACUGGAUGAUGUGUGGAACAGAGAGGUCUAUAAGUGGGAAAGGCUGAAGGUCUGUCUUCAACAUGGUGGCAUGGGUAGUGCAAUGUUAACAACAACUCGUGAUAAACAAGUCGCUGAAAUUAUGGGUGCAGGUAGAGCCUACAAUCUCAAUAUUUUGGAGGAUUGCUUCGUAAAGGAAAUUAUUGAGGCUAGAGCAUUCAGUUCCGAGAAAGAAAAGCCUGUCGAGUUAAGCAAGAUGGUUGAUGAGAUUGUAAGCAGAUGUUCUGGCUCUCCUUUAGCUGCAACUGCACUGGGCUCUGUACUUCGUACCAAGACUAGCGUCGAAGAGUGGAAGGCUAUAUCAUCUAGAAGCAGCAUUUGCACUUUGGAAACUGGAAUUCUGCCAAUAUUAAAGCUUAGCUACAAUGACUUGCCAUCACACAUGAAGCAAUGCUUUGCCUUUUGUGCUGUAUUUCCAAAGGAUUACAAAAUUGAUGUGGACAAGCUGAUCCGACUAUGGAUCGCAAAUGGCUUUAUCCCAGAGCACAAGGAAGAUAAUCUUGAAACCAUUGGAAAACAUAUUUUCAUUGAGCUUGCCUCAAGGUCAUUCUUUCUGGACAUAAAGGAAAGUAAAGACUUCGGGGGGUAUUAUUCCAUGAGGUAUUAUCCCAGAACUACAUGUAAAAUCCAUGAUCUCAUGCAUGAUGUUGCAAUAUCUGUUAUGGAAAAGGAAUGUGUUGCUGGAACUAAGGAAUCAAAUCAAAACGAGUGGCUUUUAGAUAAUACUCGUCACUUAUUUUUGUUGAGUAGAAAUAUAGAAGGUAUUUUGAAUCAUUCUAUGGAGAAACGAUCCUCUGCUAUCCAAACACUAUUAUGCAAUAAUGUUGUCUGGAGCUCACUACAUCAUCUAUCAAAGUACAGCUCUUUGCAUGCCUUGCAAAUCUGUAUGAGAACAGAAAUAUUUCUCCUGAAACCAAAGUAUCUGCAUCACCUGAGGUACCUUGAUCUCUCAGAAAGUCGUAUCGAAGCACUUCCUGAAGAUAUAAGUAUUCUAUAUAAUUUGCAAAUGUUGGACCUUUCCAACUGCUCUGAUCUUGUUCGACUUCCGAGGCAAAUGAAGUAUAUGACUUCCCUCUGUCACCUCUACACUCAUGGAUGUUUUAAAUUGAACAGCAUGCCUCCAGAACUUGGAAAACUCAUUAACCUACGAACACUUACAUGUUUUGUAGCAGCAAUUACUGGCACUGAUUGCAGUGAUGUUGCAGAGCUGCAGCAUUUAAACCUAGGUGGUCAGCUAGAGCUACGUCGGGUAGAGAAUGUUAUAGAGUUGGAGGCAAGAGUGGCAAAUCUUGGAAACAAAAAGGAUCUCAAAGAACUGACUUUAAGAUGGAGUUAUGUUCGGGACAGCAAUGUGCUCGACAAUUUUGAACCACAUGAUGGAUUGCAGGUUCUGAAGAUAUAUUCCUAUGGAGGCAAGUGGAUGUGCAUGUUGCAAAACAUGGUGGCCAUCCAUCUUUUUCAUUGUGAAAGAUUGAAAGUUUUGUUCAGGUGUGGUACAUCCUUCAGUUUUCCUAAACUGAAGGAGAUUACGCUGGAACAUCUGUUGGAUUUUGAGAGAUGGUGGGAAAGAAAUGAGAGGCAAGAAGAACAAAUAAUAUUUCCUGUGCUUGAUAAGUUGUUUAUUAAGUAUUGUGGAAAGUUGACGGCGCUGCCAGAACCAUCCUUGCUUCAAGAACCGUGUGGUGGAGGUUAUAGGUUGGUACGCUCACCAUUUCCUGCCCUAAAGGUACUUGAAUUGGACAAUUUGGAGAGCUUCCAGAGAUGGAAUGCAGUUGAAGAGUCUCAAGGAGAACAGAUAUUGUUUCCUCAGCUUGAGAAACUAAUAAUUCAGAAAUGUCCAGAGUUGUUAGCAUUACCAGAAGCACCAUUGCUUCAAGAACCGUGCAGUGGAGGUGGUUAUAGAUUGGUGCGCUCAGCGUUUCCUGCCCUAAAGGUGAUCAAAAUGAAUGACUUGGAGAGCUUUCAGAGAUGGGAUGCUGCUGCUGAAAGAGAAUAUAUACUGUUUCCUUUGCUUGAGGAACUAUCCAUUCAGAAAUGCCCAAAGUUGAUAGGUUUGCCCGAGGCACCAUUUCUUCAAGAACCAUGUAGUGGAGGUGGUUAUAGAUUGGUGCGCUCAGCGUUUCCUGCCCUAAAUGUACUCAAACUCAAUGGCUUGGAGAGCUUUCAGAGAUGGGAUGGUGCUGCUGAAGGGGAACAUAUGUUGUUUCCCCAGCUUGAGAAAGUAUCAAUUCAGAAUUGCCCAAAGCUGAUAGAUUUACCUGAAGCACCAAAACUCAGUGUAUUGGAAAUUGAAGAUGGCAAGCAAGAGAUAUUCCAUUGGGUAGAAAGAUAUUUGUCUUCGUUGACCAAUCUGGUAUUGAAGCUAGAGUACACAGAAACAACAUCAGGGGCUCAGUGGACUUCAAUUGUACCGGUGGACAGCAAGGAGAAAUGGAACCAGACAUCCCCUAUUGCAGUUAUGAAGUUAGACUGCUGCAACUCAUUCUUUGGACCAUGUGCACUAGAGCUGUGGGACUAUUUUGUACACCUUGAAAAGUUGGAAAUUGGUAGAUGCAAUGUGCUCGUCCACUGGCCACGGGAAGUGUUCCAAAGCUUGGUAUCCUUGAGGAGGUUAGCAAUUACACACUGCCAAAAUCUGAUUGGAUAUGGACCGCCUCUUCCUGGGCCAUCAGCAAUAAGGAGUCAUCAUCUACCAGGUCUGGAGUCUCUUCUAUUGAAAAAUUGUCCAUGUUUGGUAGAGAUGUUCAACGUCCCGGCAUCUCUCAAGAAAAUGAAUAUUUAUGGGUGCUGUAAGCUUGAGUCCAUUUUUGGCAAGCAGCAGGGCAUGUCAAAGUCAGUUCAUGGGUCUUCUUGCAGUGAGGCAAUCGUGCGCACUGCUGUAUCACCCGCGAAUCACUUUUGUCCAUGCCUAGAAGAUCUAGAGUUACUUGGCUGUGGUAGUUUACCAGCAGUUCUACAUCUCCCUCCAUCCUUAGAGACCAUCUUUAUUGCUAGCUGCUUUAGUAUUCAAGUCCUGACAUGUCAGCUAGAUCAGCUCCAGAAACCACAAGUCGUUGCUUCCAUCAAUGUACCAGAGCCAUCAUCGGCAGCAGCAAGCAAGCAUUCACUUCCUCCUCGUCUCCAAUCUCUAAAAAUAUACUCCUGUACUAACAUGUUGGGGGGGAUUCUCCUGCCCACGUCCCUCAAGGAACUGUGCAUUAGUAGUAACAUGUGGUUGACAUCUUUGGAGUCUCUGUCAGGAGAGCACCCCCCAUCGUUGGAAUCCCUUUUGCUUCAUAGAUGCGGAACCCUUGCAUCACUGCCGAAUGAGCAGCAAGCAUACGGGUCUCUAAAGUGGCUUAGAAUUACAGGUUGUCCUGGUAUAAAGAAGCUCCCUAGAUGCCUGCAGCAGCAACUGGGCAGCAUUGACGACAAAGAACUGGAUGCCCAUUAUUUAGUAACAGAAUUUAAACCAUUUAAACCGAAGACAUGGAAGGAAAUACCAAGACUUGUUCGUGAGUGGAGGCAGCCUACCGAAAUUGGUGAUCAGUCAUCUUCUUCAGAUGCAUUUACUUCAGAUGUAUCAGAUCCUUCAAUGAACACCGAAAUUGGUGACUAUUCACUUGUGCUAGCUCUCGAGCGAGAGUUGUUUGGGGCCUAUAGUGUAGGGUGACCUGCUUUGCGUUGAGUUGAGUUGCAUCACUGAAUGACAUCCGAGGCUGAGACAACCUAAUAUGGCUUUGGUUUGUUCCAGCAAUUCAUACAGGAGAACAAAGUUGUCUGGCUGUUA